AUGUUUCAAGCCGAACUCAUGGAGAUGCUGGUCGCCACUCACGUUAUUUCAAUGGCAAACUGGCUCAGUCAAGUGAGUAAGAUGACAACCAUCAAUGCGCUCAAUCGGAUUUCUUUCAUGUACCCCGAUUCUCUGGAUUAAGUACCUAAGUACAGGACUAUAUCAGACAAACCCAAAAGUCGCCACUUAUCCUGGGAUUGCCAAAUUUACCAAGUUACUAACAGGAGCUGAUACAAAUAUCAAGAAGAACCCUCGGACGCGUACCCAAGAAAAAUGUCUGGAUGGAAAUGGUAAGAAGUUUGGAGGCAUAAUGUGGACACAAUUGUUGCCUUUAAACAUUUUCUCUACACCAGACCACCAUGGGUUCUAA